GGGGAAAACAAAGGGGAGAGAAAAAAAAAAUAGUAAAUGCGACCAUUUCAAAGCGAGAACCUCGCUUGGCCGAGAGAGAAAGGGUUGGUUGGAUUUUGAUAGAAAUAGAGUGAGAUUAGAUUGUUGAAUUGUCUUCUCUCUCAUCAUCAUACAUCACACGGUUCACCGAUGGUGAAGGCGAUGCCAGGUGCUGAUGAUGAUAGCAGCAGUAUCACCAUGACCACUCUAACCACCAGCAACAACAUUCUCUUAUCCAAAGAGGCCAUCUUUAUUAUUAUUGUUAUGCUCCUUUUGAUCAUUUUUUUAAUCUUAAUCGCCUGCAAGUAUAAGCCAUGGCGUUUCUUUUACUCUCAUCCUGUCUCCUCCAACUCUGUCUUUCGCAAUAAGAACACAAUCAAGGGUGAAGAUAUAGAGAGGCCUCUUAUUUCAGAUGAUUUGCAUCUAGUUGAAAGCCAGAGUCAUGAAUAUUCUAGAGGUUAUGCUCAUGAUGCAGGCGGUCACCAGAAUCAAGGGGCUUAUGGUUCACCCUGGACACAAGGACUUGUUCAUAAACAAAGGCUGACCUCCAUAAAUCCUCAAUUAACACAUACCGACAGUUUUGUUCUGGAUGUUUGUGAUUCUUCAGAAGAUAUUUCUGUUGGCCAGACGCUUAAGCGCCCACUUGUGUUUAAUCAGUUAGCAGAAGAACAGAAACACAUCAGACCAGAGGAUGUAAAGUACAGACCGAAUUUGGCAAUACAGAACGAGAAGUUCGGAGAUUUUGCUCCAAAAGAUACAAAAGAUCAAAGAAGCAUCCUCAUGCUGGAGGUUAUCUCAGGACCCUGUCAAGGUCUUCAACAUUCCAUGCAGUCAACAGAUACAUCUAGGCUUCCACUUACUCUUGGAAGAGUGACACCUAGUGAUAUCUUGGUGAUGGAUUCAGAGGUUUCUGGCAAGCAUGCUAUGAUAAACUGGAAUAUAAAUAAAUUGAGGUGGGAGCUGGUUGACAUGGGUAGCUUGAAUGGCACACUAGUAAAUUCCAAUGCUGUGCAUAAUCCUCAUUCUGGGAGCAGACAGUGGGGCGAUCCAAUUGAGCUUGCAAAUGGAGACAUAAUAACACUUGGCACAACUUCAAGAAUAUUUGUACAUAUUAGAUCCCAAAAUGAUCAGGUCCCAUUUGGGAUUGGUAUAGCAUCAGAUGCCAUGGCCGUACGUCGAGGAGGAAAGAAGCUGCCUAUGGAAGAUGUUUGCUAUUACCAUUGGCCUCUUCCGGGAACGGAUAAGUUUGGAUUGUUUGGGAUAUGCGACGGACACGGAGGAGCAGAUGCUGCGGCAUCUGUCAGCAAAAUAAUGCCUCAGAUGGUUGCUAGCAUCCUGUCAGAUUCAUAUAGAAGGGAGAGGGUAUUAUCACAAUCUGAUGCUUCAGAUGUUCUUAGAGAGGCAUUCUCUCAAACAGAAGCAAGUAUAGACCACCACUAUGAGGGAUGUACUGCAACAGUGCUUCUGGUUUGGGCUGAUGGUGAUGGGAAUUUUUAUGCGCAAUGUGCAAACGUUGGAGAUUCAGCUUGUGUUGUAAAUAUUGACGGGAAGCAGACAAAAAUGACUGAAGAUCACAGAAUAACUAGUCACUCUGAAAGGCUGCGUAUCCAAGCAACAGGGGAGCCUUUAAAAGAUGGGGAAACGAGACUAUGUGGUUUAAACCUUGCUCGUAUGCUCGGAGACAAAUUUCUUAAACAGCAAGAUGUUCGCUUCAGUUCAGAACCUUAUAUUAGUCAAGUUGUGUACAUACAUCAAGCUAGCAAAGGAUUCGCACUGUUAGCUAGUGAUGGCUUCUGGGAUGUUGUUAAUGUUAAGAAGGCAAUUCAACUAGUCCAACAGGCAAAGGAGAGAAUCUCAACAGAGGAAGAAAUUUCUGCAGAGAAAAUAGCAAAUUCUUUGUUGAGCGAGGCCAAAACAUUGCGUACAAAAGACAACACUUCAAUAAUUUUCUUAGAUUUCGACAACGCCCAUAGAAUUCUUUCUUGUAAACUUGAUUCAUAGGAUUUACUUCAUAUCUCUAGUAUUUUACAGUGAUAAAUAUAUGGUUGAUUAUCUUUUUUAAAAAAUGAAAAAAAAAUAUUGAAGAUUAGUUCUCUGAUUUUUUUUUUCUUUUCGAUCUAACCUUAUGUUAAUAUUUAUGUAAUUCUCAGCUCUGUAGUCUGUACAUUCUCAAACUUCAACAAUGGUGACCCUUAUUUAUUUCGAUCAGAUAGAAAGAUGAAUAUGAAUAUUUUUG